AUGCCAUUAAUUAAUCUUAAGGAGGUUUUGUUUAAUUAUUGUGGGAUUUUGGUAGGAGCCACAUGGUGCAUUUGCAAGGAUGGAUUGAGUAAUCAAGCCUUGCAAAAGGCACUGGAUUAUGCAUGUGGUGCAGGGGCUGAUAGAACUCAUCAAAAUGGACCUUGUUUCACCCCCAACACUGUGAGGGCUCAUUGCAAUUAUGCCGUCAAUAGUUAUUUUCAAAGGAAAGGCCAAACCCCAACGGCCCAACAGCCUGUGAUUUUUCAGGCACUGCCUACACAGUCACAUCUGAUCCAAGUUGACAAACACAUGGAGCAACAGCAAGAGACAGCUGGAAAACUAGUUGGCCAACAGGCAGUCAAUUCGCUGCCUCCAAUAAUGGCUUCACCUAAAUCUGGAUGGGGUCUGUGA